CACCACUAAAAACUUGACAUUUAUUGAUGACGUUUUUUUCUCGCUCCGCUCUCAUAUGUGUCAAUAUAUCGUGAUAAUUUUUUCUUCCUAAUUAAAAAGGCAAAAAGUCAAAUUAUAUCAAUAUAUUUUUAAUAGAAUUUACACAAAAAACCGGAGAAAAGAAAUAAAUUUCAUCAAAAUGGAGGAUAUUGAGUAGAUUUGAAGUGGAGAGCUGUAGAAAAACAAAAGGAAACGAGGAAAAGUGUUCUGGUUUACAAUUGUCGAUUGUGUGUGGAAAUUGCUGUGUGCGUGUGUGUGUAUGGUGGGCCAAGCAGCCACCUCUCAUUGACACAUCAAACCCAACAAUCAAUCCAACGACGACGAUAGCGCACCACUUUUCAAACUUUUUUCAUCAUAUUGAAUUGAAAUUUCAUACACAUGUAAAGACCUUGAUGCAUAAUGCAAAGUUUCUCUACGAAAACUAAAGAAAUGUUUAUAGUGCGUGCUCUAGAGAAAAUCCUUGCCGACAAGGAUAUAAAACGUUCCCAAAAUUCACAGUUAAAGAAAUCAUGCGACACGGCAUUGGAACAAAUUAAGGCUGAGCUUAUUAGUGCUGGCCAAAUAGCAGAAGGUAAUGAGCUCCCCUGUGCUGCCCUGCCGUUGCCGAAAAAUGAUGCAGCCAGUAUUAUUAAUGCGGAGACUUAUUUUCUGCCAUUUGAGUUGGCCUGUAAGAGUCGUUCGCCGCGUAUUGUUGUAACGGCUUUGGAUUGUUUGGAGAAAUUAAUAGCAUAUGGCCAUUUGACGGGAGCCAUACAGGAUUCGUCGAAUCCGGGUCACUUGCUUAUUGAUCGUAUUGUCAAUACCAUAUGUGGCUGUUUUAAUGGGCCCCAAACGGAUGAAUGUGUUCAGCUGCAGAUAAUAAAAGCUCUGCUGACAGUGGUCACUUCGCAACAUGUUGAAAUACAUGAAGGAACUGUUUUGCAAGCUGUCCGCACUUGCUAUGACAUCUAUUUGUCCAGCAAGAAUUUGGUUAAUCAGACAACGGCAUGUGCUACCCUUACACAGAUGUUGGAUGUCAUAUUUUCGCGUAUGGAAAACCAGGUAUACGAGGUAGCUGCUCAGGCAGCAUUGGCAGCUUCGCAGGCGAAUAAUGGCCACCAUGAUGCGAAUACAUCGCAGGCCUCCGAGGCUAGCUGUAGUGUGAAGAGUAGUGUUGGCGGUAGCACCGAUGUCGAGGAGACACCAGAAUCCGUUGCAGCUGCAGUGGUGGAUGAAAUAUUGAAUGCUGCCAUAGUAGAAGUUCUAAAGGAGACCGGUGCUCUUGAAGAUAACUCGACAGCCGAAGAAGAACAAACAACUCCAAAUAACAUCAGUGGAAAUGCUAACAAUACCAGUACCAAUAAUAUAUCCACAACUGGCUCGGAAGGUACUGGUAACAAUCAUAUGGCAUCAGAUCAAAGUGGCCACAAUCAUCAGCAAAAUUCCGAGGAAAGUGUUGAAGUCCACAGUGAAAAUGAUGCUGUGGUUACGGCUAAAUUUACACAUGUUCUGCAGAAAGAUGCUUUUUUGGUUUUUCGAGCUUUGUGCAAGUUAUCCAUGAAACCAUUGCCAGAAGGACAUCCCGAUCCCAAAUCCCAUGAACUGCGGUCAAAAGUUCUCUCACUGCGCCUACUAUUGUCGAUUUUACAAAAUGCUGGUCCCGUAUUUCGAUCCAAUGAAAUGUUUAUUAUGGCCAUUAAACAGUACCUGUGUGUGGCCUUGUCCAAGAAUGGUGUUAGCCUGGUGCCCGAAGUGUUUGAAUUGUCGCUGUCGAUUUUUGUGGCACUCCUUUCGAAUUUCAAAAUUCAUUUGAAAAAACAAAUUGAGGUAUUUUUCAAGGAGAUAUUUUUGAAUAUUUUGGAGGCCACUUCAAGUUCAUUUGAACACAAAUGGAUGGUUAUCCAGGCCUUGACAAGAAUCUGUGCCGAUGCCCAGUCUGUGGUCGAUAUCUAUGUAAAUUAUGAUUGUGAUUUUCAAGCUGCUAAUCUCUUCGAAAGACUUGUCAAUGAUUUGUCCAAAAUUGCUCAAGGUCGUCAGGCUUUGGAACUGGGUGCUAAUCCCAUGGAAGAGAAAUCCAUGCGUAUACGUGGCCUGGAAUGUCUGGUGUCCAUUCUAAAAUGUAUGGUAGAAUGGAGUCAAGAUCUUUAUGUAAAUCCCAAUAUGCCUUCCUUGAAUGCCCAUGAGGGCACAGCUACAGCCCAUAAUAGAUCGGGCCAUUCCGUAGACUUACAAUCCCCCACAGAUAAUGCCGAUGCCGUAUCUCAUACAAAUACCCUGGGUAUACGUUCAAUUCAUGGCGGUUCGAGUCACAGUUUAAAUUCCUAUGGCAGUGUUAAAAACAAUGAAGUUCUCGAUUUACCCGAAGCCCUGGAGGAGAGAAAAAUGCGCAAAGAAGUCAUGGAGCAGGGCAUAGAGUUGUUCAAUCGCAAACCAAAAAAGGGUAUACAGUUUUUGCAGGAAAAACAGCUGGUGGGAGCCACACCCAAGGACAUAGCCAAAUGGCUGCAUGAAGAUGAUCGUCUGGAUAAGACGGCCUUGGGCAAUUAUAUUGGAGAAAAUGAUGAUCAUUCCAAGGAGGUUAUGUGUGAAUAUAUUGAUGCUUUUGAUUUCACUUCUCUAGAGGUCGUUGCAGCUUUGCGCAUGUUGCUGGAGGAGUUCCGCCUGCCGGGAGAGGCACAGAAAAUUGAUCGUCUCAUGGAGAAAUUUGCAAGUCGUUACUGUGAAUGUAAUCCCAAUAAUCCACUGUUCCAGUCGGCCGAUACCGUCUACGUUUUGGCCUUUUCCAUUAUUAUGUUGACCACAGAUCUGCACUCACCGCAAGUCAAGAACAAAAUGACCAAGGAACAGUACAUCAAAUUGAAUCAGGGUAUCAGUGAUAGCAGAGACGAUUUACCCGUCGACUAUUUGUCUUCGAUUUACGAUGAAAUCGCUGGCCAUGAAAUUAAAAUGAAAAAUACCGUGGUAAAUAAGCCCGGCAAGCAGAUAAUUGCCAAUGAGAAGAGGCGCAAGUUGUUGUGGAACAUGGAAAUGGAAGCGAUUUCCACCACGGCAAAAAAUCUCAUGGAAUCUGUAUCCCAUGUCAAAUCACCAUUUACCUCGGCCAAACAUCUGGAACAUGUUAGGCCCAUGUUCAAAAUGGCAUGGACACCGUUUUUGGCAGCAUUCUCUGUGGGUCUGCAAGAUUGCGAUGAUCCCGAAAUAGCCUGCCUUUGUUUGGAUGGUAUCCGAUGUGCCAUACGUAUUGCUUGCAUCUUCCAUAUGACAUUGGAACGUGACGCCUAUGUACAGGCAUUGGCCCGGUUUACCUUGCUUACGGCCAAUUCUCCGAUCAAUGAAAUGAAGGCGAAAAAUAUUGACACGAUUAAGACGCUGAUUAUGGUAGCUCAUACGGAUGGCAACUAUUUGGGUUCCAGCUGGUUGGAUAUUGUUAAAUGCAUAAGUCAAUUGGAAUUGGCCCAGCUGAUUGGUACGGGUGUAAGGCCGAAAUUUUUGUCUGGUGCCCAGACCACACUCAAGGAUACCCUGAAUCCCAGUGUCAAGGAGCACAUUGGCCAGACAAGCAGUCAGAGUGUGGUGGUUGCAGUUGAUAGGAUUUUCACCGGUUCCAUUCGUCUGGAUGGUGAUGCUAUUGUGGAUUUUGUUAAGGCCUUGUGUCAGGUCUCCGUUGAGGAAUUGCAAAACACGCAACCACGUAUGUUCUCCCUGCAAAAGAUUGUGGAGAUUUCCUACUACAACAUGGAACGUAUCCGUUUGCAAUGGUCCCGCAUCUGGCAAGUUUUGGGUGAACAUUUCAAUACGGUCGGCUGUAAUAUGAAUGAGGAAAUCUCCUUCUUCGCCCUGGACUCUUUGCGCCAACUUUCAAUGAAAUUCAUGGAAAAAGGAGAGUUUGCCAACUUCCGUUUCCAAAAGGAUUUCCUGCGACCCUUUGAACAUAUUAUGAAAAAGAACCAGUCACCGGCCAUACGUGAUAUGGUCGUGCGCUGUAUAGCUCAAAUGGUGAACUCCCAGGCCCGCAAUAUUAAAUCGGGUUGGAAAAAUAUCUUUUCAAUUUUCCAUUUGGCAGCGGGUGAUCAUGAGGAAGCCAUUGUAGAACUGGCCUUUCAAACUACCGGCAAAAUUAUUGGCGAACUGUAUCAGAAACAAUUUGCCAUAAUGGUUGAUUCCUUUCAGGAUGCUGUCAAAUGUCUAUCUGAGUUUGCGUGCAAUGCCCGAUUCCCUGAUACCAGUAUGGAGGCGAUACGUUUGGUGAGGACAUGUGCCCUGUGCGUUCACGAGUCCCCCCAAUUGUUUGCCGAACAUGCCGGCAUGGAAAAUGAUAUUUCCGUUGCUGAAGAAGAUCGUGUGUGGGUGCGAGGCUGGUUCCCCAUGCUGUUCUCCCUGUCGUGUGUUGUAAACCGUUGUAAACUGGAUGUGCGGACACGCGGCCUCACGGUGCUCUUUGAAAUUGUCAAAACUCAUGGUGAUAGCUUCAAACCGAAUUGGUGGAAAGAUUUAUUUAAUGUGAUCUUCCGUAUAUUCGACAAUAUGAAAUUACCUGAACAUGUUACCGAGAAAUCCGAAUGGAUGACCACCACCUGCAAUCAUGCUCUGUAUGCCAUCAUCGAUGUGUUUACACAAUAUUUCGAUGUCCUGGGCCAUCUGUUGCUGGAGGAUUUGUUUGCCCAGCUACACUGGUGUGUUCAACAAAAUAAUGAGCAAUUGGCCAGGUCGGGUACAAAUUGUUUGGAAAAUCUGGUAAUUUCCAAUGGCUUUAAAUUCAACGAAGCCACUUGGGAUAAAACCUGUCAAUGUAUAUUGGACAUAUUUAAUGCUACCUUACCUGGAGAGCUAUUGACUUGGCGACCAAAUCCUCAGCAACAACAGCAGAUGCAAAUCCAAAUGCAGCAGCACCAGCAGCAGCAACAUCAAAUGCAAAACUCAACAAAUCUACAGAGAAAAAAUUCCCAAUCGCGUAGCAGUGGUGAUGGCCUUAAUCGUUCAUAUUCCCAACAUUCCGUUUAUAGUCAUACCGGCAGUUUUGAUGAGGACAACACACUUUCGAGUCAUCAUCAUCAUCCCCAACACACUGUGGUUCCUGUUGUGCCCCAAAAUCCAGCUCUCUUCGAGAGUCUCAACAUCAAAUGUGUUGUACAAUUGGAACUGAUACAAACUGUAGAUAAUAUUAUAUUCUUCCCUGCCACAUCGCGUAAAGAAGAUGCCGAAACAUUGGCGCAGGCCGCCGCUGAUUUAACCGGCAAUUGUCCGACACAAGCCAUAUUGGAUUGUCAACGUGAAGAACAGGGCAUGUAUAGUUAUUUGCGCACCCGUCAGCUGUUAACUCUGGCCGAUUGCCUAAUGCAAUCGCAUCGUUUCGCCAAACGUUUCAAUGCCGAUCAGGAACAGCGUAACAUACUGUGGCGGGCAGGCUUUAAGGGUUCGAUCAAGCCAAAUUUACUGAAACAGGAAACGGCUUCGUUGGCAUGUGUUCUGCGUAUAUUCUUCAAAAUGUAUGGCGAUGAGAAUAGACGUAGCGAUUGGCCGGGCAUUGAGCAGGAACUGGUGCAAGUGUGCAAGGAGGCAUUGACCUACUAUUUAAGUUUACAGAGUGAGGCACAUCGGGAUGCAUGGACAUCGUUGUUGCUGUUGAUUUUAACGAGAUUACUUAAGAUGGCCGAUGAUAGGUUUGCCACCCAUGUCUCCAACUACUAUACGUUACUGUGUGAAAUGAUGUGUUUCGGUAUGAAACCAGAAUUACGAAGUGUCCUUAGACGUGUAUUUUUGCGUAUCGGUCCUGUUUUUAAUAUAUCUAAUGCAAAAUAGUGUUUAAUAAGACAACGGUACAGCAAACAACCCCAACAACAACAGUCCAUUGGUAAAAAGUAUUCGAAACGAGACGAUAUAUAAAUUCGAAAAGAAAUUAAUAAAAUUUAAUAAAAUUUAAACAUAUAAAUAUAUACAAAAUAAAUAAUAGUGUUUCUAAAACUAAUAAUAAUAAUAAAAUUGAAAAAAUAUUAUGUAUUUAUAUAUAAAGGAAAUAUAUUUAUUCGCGACAAUGGAAUGUAGAUUUAAAAAAUUUUUUUUAGUUUGUUACCUGUUCUCCCCAAAAUCAAAAUGGAAAUAUAAUAAUAUUAUACUAAGAAGGAUA